GAAGUUUUGCUGUUUGGCCUAGUUCGCACGCGCAGUGACGCACCGACUAUAAACACAAAUGGCUGCACUCAGGAGAACGAUUUCAGAUCUGUUUCUGUGUGGAAGAUGCACAUUUCUGUCUGUUAAGUCUUUCCAUGGCAGCCCACUGGUUGCAGUUGGAGGGAAGUGGAGAGAAAAACAAGGGCUGGAUGGUGACUACAAUACUGAUGGGCCAUUGAAAAACUUGCCAGAUUGGUCGUUUGCAGAUGGAAGGCCUGCGCCCUUGUCGGGGACCCAAGUAAGGAAAAGGAUGAAAGAAAGAAAACUUGCUGAAAGAGUUGUUGAGCUGUAUAAAGAAGUUCAAUUUGCCAAGGAUAAUGCAGAAAACCAGAAUUCCCUUAUUAGAGAGAGACAUGAAGCUAUGAAAAGUCCACUAAAACCCAAGAAUAAAAAACUUCAAAGUAGCCAAAUGGAUGUAAAAUGAAAUAAAGAAAUGACUUUAGGUUUAGGUUUGUGAAAAACAGUGACUUUGUUGAAGAGACAAAAGGCUAUAUUAACUGAUACACAUUGGCAGAGAAGGACAAAAUAUUGGCAGAAUUUCUUCCCAAGUUUACCCAUAGGGUUGUAUGUUAUUUAUCCACAUGGCUCUUUUUGCUGCAGACACAAAAUAAAGACUCACAAAAUUCAGUCUUUUGGGAUUGGAAAAUUUAUUGGAGUUAUACAAAGAUUUGACUAAGGUGGUGUUCAAAAGUUUCAUUUAAUAUUAUAAAUUGCUACACAAAAUUUGUAUAAGAUAUUGAUCAUUUGAGUUACGAGGUGACAAGUUAUUAGGACUCUACUGUAUUACUUCAUACAUGUGCAGAAAUGGUAAGUUAAACACAGUUUUGUCUCAUAGUUAUUAAAACAAACGUCAUUUACUUGUAACCAGCUGUGAGAAUGUUCCAGUCAACAAUGUCUUUAUUUUUAUCAUGGUUUGUUAUGAUUGGAGACUAUUAUUAAAAUAAACAAAAUUUUAAUGUC